GAUACAACCAAUCAGAUGUGAGAUUGAAGCACAUACAUUUUGAAUUGUCAAAUUCGGUUUUGGAGCUUUGCCUUUUUAAUCCAGACAGACGAUCGAAUAAAUAAAAGAAUUGUUUGAUAUCAAAGCGUGGUGACCGAUCUAAUUUGAACAAUGGACAGAGCAGAUUACUUCAAGAAGAGGGGCUCCACUGUGGAUGCCAAGUUUGCCCGGCUCCACAGACGCUCGAUUGACCAGAGGAAUAUCAGAGGGAUGAGCUUCAUGGAUAAUAGAGUAAUGGGAAGCAUGGAAGAUUUGGCCUUCUCUCCAGUCAAGGAGGUUGAUGGAGUAAAGACGGCCAUGCCACCACCGGUCGCUGCUCCUCCAAAAGCCAAAAAAAGUAAUGGAGUGCACAAUAAAUCAUCUUCAGACCAUUCAAAACACGCUCCAGCUCCUGUUGGAAAGACAGCCGUACCUCCCGCUGGGAUGACUAGGAGAGAAAAACUGAUGAAAUGGAAAGAGGAAAAAGAGAUGAAGAAAAAGCAGAUGGCUAGUAAAGCCAAAUCUCAGGUAUUUCGGGUGUCCAAGAAUGUCGCCCACCAAGAUGCUUCCACUCUGUACCCGUCAUCUACCAAAUCAAAGUCAAAGCCAGCAACAAAACCUAUCAGCAAACCUUCACCGGUUCCUCAAAGGACUACAAGGUCAUCAACAAGGAGUGCACCUGUCAAGAAACCUGAUCCUGCUCCAUCUACCAGAAGUAGGAGAGGGCCUCCCCCUCCAACGACCAAAGCCCCAGCCCCAUCCAAGAUGCCAGGCACAAGAUCAGUCACUUCUGAGCGUGCCCCAUCCACCAGGCACUCCACUCGUUUGGCGUCUAAACCAGCCCCUCCCCAGAACGGUCGCUCCACCAGAGGGACUAAGGUGCAGGAGAAGACUGCUCCAGUUGGCAAGAAAACUGCUCCAGCAGCAAAGAAAGCAACUCCAGCGGCCAAGAGAGCAGCUCCAGUGGUCGAGAAAGUGGCUCCACUGAAGGAGGAGGAGGAGAAGGAGAAUACAAUUGUUGAGGACACUGCUGCAGAGGUUGAUGUAGAACCCGCACAGAUAGAUGAAGCCACCUUUACAGUGACCAAGAGCGGGCCAUCCCUGCUCACUGACACAUUUGGUAAACCAGGUGGAUUCACUUUCCGUAUGGAUGUACCAGAACUCCCCUUCACGCCGAUCAGCCCUGCCAGUGCGUCCAUUUUCCUCUUUCCUUCUGUGAAGUCGAACACGAAGCUCACCCCAUCUCAGCGCAGAUGCUCAACACCUUACUCACUGAGGCCGCUGAGAAAACUAGAACAGACGCCAGGACGAGAGCUUAUUCCUCCUCAACCUAACAUCACAGAGGAGGAAGAUGUUGCCAUGGAAAUAAAGUCAUGUGACCCUGUAAACCUUGAAGAAAGCAAGAGACCAGCGACAGAAACGCAAGCGAUUGAGGAAAACAAGAGGAUACCACUGCCUCAGGAAGAGAUUGCCAUGGAAACGGGAGACUCAGUAAAAGUUGAAACUGUUGACCGAGAGGAGAUCAUGUCUGUAGAGCCUAUGUCAAUAGCACCAGAAGAGAGUAAACCUGAGAAUACAGCUACCUCACCCUCUGAGAAAGAUGUACCCUACUUCAAGAGUUUGGUAUCAUUCGAGACCACAAGACUUCUUGACCGGUGCAGCGUCUGGGAGAACAUCUUGUCUGAUAGUGACUUAUCAGAAGAAGUGUGUGGUGAGGUCCGCAGUGCCAUCGGCAAGGCAAAACUGCUGAUUGACCAGCGCUUCAAACAGUUCCUAGGACUUGUCAAGAACUGUGAAUUUGGACUUGGUGAGAAGGUCACCCAUUGCUCUGACCUAGAAGGAUUCUGGGAAAUGAUUUACUUCCAGGUGGAGGAUGUGGAUGCAUUAUUCAAAGAACUUGAGAAAUUAAAAGAAAAUAAUUGGAAGAGAGAGGAGAAAAAGGUGGCCAAACCAAAGGUGAUUAAGAAGAAGAAGCCAGUCAGCAAGAAGCCAGCAGGAGGUGAUGCUGCCGCCAAGCGUAUCGCUGCCAGGGAGAGACUACUAGCCGCCAAAGCAGCCAUGCAGGCCAAAGCGACACGAAAGGCAGAGUCAGAGAAGAUUGUCUUCCAAGGGGGAUUCUUCAAAGUUGAGAGUCCGGCCAGAAAAGCCACGCCCGUCAAGACCAAGGAGCUGCGUGAAGAUGGAUUAAGCCGUCAAGCUCUUCAGACCAUGACCAACAUCAUGGCUAGUCCAGCACUAGCCACACGCAGUCCAGCCUUGUUAAAGAAGACCGGUGCAAUGGCCAGCCCAGCACACAUCACACGCAGUCCAGCCUUGUUGAAGAGGUCCAGUGCAAUGGCCAGUCCUGCAUCCACGAUGUGUAGUCCAGCCCUAAGGAAGAUGACCAUCAUGUCCAGUCCGGGAUCCAAUCAUUGUAGUCCAGCUCUUCAGAAGAGGGCCAAUAUGAUGGAUGCUCCCGUAACCAACCUGUGCAGUCCACUCAGGAGAAGGACAAGAAAGAGUUCGUUGGGGCUUGGAUUGGGUCAGGCGCCAUCCCUCUUCACACCAGAGAAAGAUAGCCCAUUGAAAGAAGCUGUAGUCCAGGACCUCAUAUCGUGGGACUAAAACUUGUUCGCUCAGCUGUUGUCACAUCACUUCACUCAUGAUCAUUGCAACCAUUUUGAGGAUAUUUCUCUCAGUACGAAUGCUCACUUAUGAAAACGAAGAUGCUAUUCGAUGUCAGCAGUGAAAGACGUUUUGAGUAAGAGGAUCAUUGUGAAUGCUGGAUGGCAGCACAACUGAUGACAUUAACAUGCGUUUGUCAUGUGACUAACAUGAUCAUGUGACCAGUAUUAAAGAAGGACAGCCAUUGCUGAAACUCAUAACUGGAAUCUAUGUGGUGAAGGCGAUAUUGCAUGUAAACUUUUUUAAUUGAUGAAACAUUUAUAGCCAGCGACUAAUUGACAUUGAUCUACCUUGUCAUACACAGACUACCUCCGUCAUGAGACCGUCUUAUAAUAUCCCAGGAAAUUCUAGAUUUAGCAAAGAUGGCAGAACUGGUCAGAUUCUCAAUGACGCGUAUUGGAAUUACACUACAUGAAAAUGAAUAUCAUUCGGUCGAUUACAUGGACAAAGAUCUGAAUUACCAUAUCUUGUCAUUGGUGGGAGAUAAUACUUAUGCUAUAUUGUUACUUAGUCAAAUAUUUGGUCUAACUCACAUUUCUUUUAACACCACAGUGGCUAAGAUUGCACCAAAUUGAUAGAAUAUCAACUGGUUUUAGUUAAGCCUAUUGUUCUACAUAUUUUUUCUAUUCACCAAUUGGCUCAAUUGUCAUUUGUCUCCUACCCACUUUUUGAGCCACAGACUAAUUGUUGCUAGAUCUAAUAGGUAGCAGACAUGAAAGGAUCCUAAAUCAAUAUUUAUUUUACUCCACAACUAUUUACUCUAUGUUUAUUAUGAAUUCAGAUAUACACUAAGUAAUACUUGCAUUUCUUUAAAAAAGAUGAUCUGAAUUUCAUCCAGUCGCUCAAUGUGGUACAUGUAUGUAAUAUAAAAGAGGGUAAUUAUGGGCUUCAUUUUGUAACUAUACUCAUUGUUUUAAGACCUCUGUUAUACCAGAUUUCCUAAGUAGUCUCUGGGCGCCCCGACCAGCCUCAGGCAGGUUUCUAAUUCGGUGUAAACGCACAAACCUACCCGAGACCCCUUCUGAGCAAACCUAUCUUGGACCAACUCGCGAUGUGUUCCGAGACCGGUCUCGGUGUGCCCCAAGACUGCUUUGGAUUCGGUGUAAACGCAAACCUGCCCGAGACUGGUCUGAGACAGGUUCGCUUGAUGCACUACACGUGGAACGAUUAUCCAAACAACAAACACAGCGCGGGCUUGGCGCCAUGCCAAACCUAUCUCGGACAGCUUUGGUAAUUCGGUGUAAACGCAUAGAAAGCUGCCUCGGGGCGCCCCAAGACUCGUUACGAUUAUGGUGUAAUAUGGGGUCAAAAAUUUAGGUCAACUUUUUGGACAUCAGUCUCGGGACGCCCCGAGACUGGUCCCGGGUAGGAAUUACGGUGUAACAAGGGUCUUAGUUGUCAUUGAAUAUUUCAGUACUACAGUAUUAGAGGUAAUUAGUCCCACUUGGUCCCAUCCCAAAAUCUGAGGAAAUAUGCCUGCGACUGUAGCCAUGUUCAGAUUCACCAACUUAUCCGACGAGUUUCCACAACAUUCAAAACGGUAAUAGAAUUGUAUUGAAACAGACAAAUAAUUAUUACCAAACAUUUGAGAUGAAUUUCUGCUGGGUUGAUCUUAUAUAGGAGCCAUGUGGUCGCUAGCAUUGGUGAAUCAAAGAGAAAUUCACUGACAACAUUUACAAAGGCUAUUUGCAAAAGCUGAAGGCUAGUGCAAACUGGUUAAUGCAAGUGAAUGAUUUGCAAAGAAAUUUGAAACAUAUUCAACAUUCAAUUUCUUUGUGACAAGAAAAACUGUUGGAAUAGUGAAAACUGUCAAAAUACUUUCAUGCAAUCUGUUACAAACAUUUUGAAACCUUUUAUAACACUUGGCGAGAAUACCAAUUGGACCAUUUACCAGUUUGGUGACUGGUCCAUUUUUCACUUCGCCCCUAUCCACUACCUUCUAACCCAUAGACAAUGCUAAGAGUCUUGCCCCCUGACCAUUUUGCAUUAUAAAAUAUGUAUCAUGGAAAGCCUUCUCUGGGGCCUUUUGUGCAACUUUUGAAACCAAAAUUACCAUGCCCAUGUAUGCAGUUCUGAAAUUACAGAACAUUUGUAAAUGUGUGUGUCAGACCCAAAAUUGCUCCAAAAAUUUGAUUUUUUAAACAAAUCCAAUCAUAACAUUUUACUUUUGAUGAUUAAAGUCAUCUCAUUGAAAUGGCUUGCCUAAUUUUAUAUUGUUAAGUAUCCAGAAAGUAUUGCCAACAAAUUCCAUCGGAUAUUCAAUAAACACAAAAAUGUUGAAAAACUCAGAAAUACAUGAAUUAACAACAAUAAAGUGUAGAGCCAAGUUCUAAUUCCAUGCAUAGAGUAACAUAAUUUUUUACUUUGCAUCAUUUAGGAACAAUUUAUUAGACUACGUUGUUGCUGAAGUGCAUGCUUAUUUUCGCUGCACUCAGUGGCCGAGAUCUGAGGACCGUGGACCCCGCCCCGGAUGUGUACAGGUAAUUUUGAAAAUGCCCAGGCAAUAUAGAGUUAAACUGAACUUCAAAAUAUCUAGACGAUCUGGAUAUUAGCCCAGCUGGUAUUAGACAGAGAGUUCAUAGCAUCCCAGCUGCAAGACUCAUCUGAUAAACGUUUGAUGGAGAUAAAACCUACUUUGGGUAUUCCUGUACAUUUUAAUAACUGAUACCUGAUAUUUCUUCUUAACGUGCACAAAUUUAUAUCAUUCUCUUUUGUAUCUUAUUAAUUUUAGAAAGUAUGUAAAUGAUCUGUGACUAUGAAACACCCAAAUAUGUAAAUAAAAAAAUGAUUUAA